AUCCGGGUACCUGCUUAGCAACUGGAGUGUAACAUGCCUGUGGUGAACACUGACUGGACAACAGCAGGAGAGAAAAAUAAAGGACCAAUUUUACAAGUGCUGAAAGAGCACAGUGACCAGGAGAGAAGGUUGUUUGCUCUGGAAAUUGCUUCAGCUUAAUCAUGUCUUCUCGUGCUGCUGUGAAUGUGAUGAGGUCAGCUGCAGCAGAGAGAAACAAAGACCACAUUUUUCAAGUACUCAAGGAACAUUUAGUUUCAGACAGUAGGCUUUUUGCUCUAGAGGUUGCUUCAGGACCAGGACAACAUGUAGUGCAUUUUGCAGAACACAUGCCAAAUGUCACAUGGCAGCCAUCAGAAUGUGACAAAGACUCAUUACAAAGUAUAGCAGGAUACAUAGCAGCUAAAGAAUCAAAGAAUGUGCUGCAGCCAGUGUUCAUUGAUGCCUCGCAGCCUCUGUCCAAGUGGGCAGGAGGGAGCUUGAUACCACAGUCUUGUGAUCUGAUAGUCAAUAUCAACAUGAUUCACAUAUCUCCCUGGAGUGCCACAGAGGGUUUGUUUAAAGCUGCAGGAGUUUUGCUUAAACCAGGUGCAAUAAUGGCAACCUAUGGGCCUUACAUGAUCAAUGGAAUGUUGACACCAGAAAGCAAUGUGAGAUUUGAUCAAAGCCUUAAAGAAAGGUGUCCUGAAUGGGGUAUAAGAGAUACUGCUGAUCUGGAGAAAUUAGCCAAAGAGAAUGCAUUGACUUUAGAAAAAAUGGUGGACAUGCCAGCUAAUAACAAAGUAUUGCUGUUCAAGAAAACCAGUCAAUAAGAAAAUCUAUACAUUCCAGCAUUAAUUUAGAGAGACAGCAUUAAUUUAGAAAGACAGCAUUAAUCCAGAGGAUGAAGACAUGAUCAUGAUGAUUGAUGUUCAUUUUAAGACAAAAAAUUAUAUGCAAAAUACUUGUGAUAUUAUUCAAUAUAAACAGACACAAGAGGCAGGAUGUAAUACCAACAGUUUUGUAAGAACAUUGAUCAGCUAAACCUAGAAUGUCUAUUAAUUUUACAUUUAUUUAUAUACAAGCACAUUAAUUUUUCUUUUGACUCAAAAUCAACUUUAAACAUUUGUUAUUGCAUUAUGAACUCUGUAUUAUUUAUAGUUCUACAUUCAAUUUGCAAAUAUAGCCGUUUCUAAUUUCUUUUAUCUAAACAAUAAAAUUUGCAAAUAUUUUGGAUGAAAGCAGAGAUGAAAAUGGACUUAAUCUUGCUAAUGCCAGCACCAAGGGUGCCUAGAUCUAAUUAGGGGGUUCAGGAGGCAGAAAUAUAUCUCCCAAAUAUUUGGAAGACUAAUAUCUGUGAAACAUACUUUUCGAGAUGUGAAAUAGUUGUUUAACAUAAGUUUUUUUCAUUUGUCAAAUUUUCUUUUUAGAUCUGUAAUGUUCUAAGCCCAGGUGUUUGACAUUUAAAUAUUUGUAGUAACCCAAAAUUUAC